UGAUGUACUGUAACUUCUUUGAGGCUUGCCUGGUGACUGUUGGACAGGUAUUUCCUUGGGUUAUUUUCGCAUUGCUCGGACUGUGAGUGAGGGCACCGGGCGGCCUCUCGUCCCGUCCGACGGGCCGAGGACACAGCGGGAAGCAAUGGCAAUGACUGAACAGACCCCAUGCUUCCCUAUGAGCAAUCACACAAAGGAGCGAGUCACCAUGACUAAAAUGACAUUGGAAAACUUCUACAGUAACCUCAUCACCCAACACGAAGAACGGGAACUAAGGCAGAAGAGGCUAGAAAAAGUAAUGGAAGAGGAAGGCUUACGAGAUGAAGAGAAAAAAAUGCGAAGGUCAGCACAUGCACGAAAAGAGACUGAAUUUCUACGACUCAAAAGAACGAGGCUAGGACUGGAGGAUUUUGAGUCUCUUAAAGUGAUUGGCAGAGGAGCUUUUGGAGAGGUCAGACUGGUUCAAAAGAAAGACACUGGACAUGUAUAUGCAAUGAAAAUAUUACGUAAAUCGGACAUGCUGGAAAAAGAACAGGUUGGACACAUCCGAGCAGAGCGAGAUAUUCUAGUGGAAGCAGACAGUUUAUGGGUGGUGAAAAUGUUUUAUAGCUUUCAAGACAAGCUCAACCUUUAUCUUAUCAUGGAGUUUCUACCUGGAGGUGAUAUGAUGACAUUGUUAAUGAAGAAAGACACACUAACGGAAGAAGAAACUCAGUUUUAUAUAGCCGAGACUGUAUUGGCGAUUGAUUCUAUCCAUCAGCUGGGAUUUAUCCACAGGGACAUCAAACCAGAUAACCUAUUACUGGAUAGUAAGGGUCACGUAAAGCUAUCAGAUUUUGGGCUCUGUACGGGCCUUAAGAAGGCUCAUCGGACUGACUUUUACAGGAAUUUAAACCACAGCUUGCCAAGUGAUUUUAAUUUUCAAAACAUGAAUUCCAAGAGGAAAGCAGAAACAUGGAAAAGAAACAGACGUCAACUGGCAUUUUCUACAGUUGGAACACCAGACUACAUUGCACCGGAAGUUUUCUUGCAGACUGGUUACAAUAAACUGUGUGACUGGUGGUCAUUAGGGGUCAUCAUGUAUGAGAUGUUGAUUGGUUAUCCUCCUUUUUGUUCGGAGACACCACAAGAAACAUACAAAAAAGUAAUGAACUGGAAAGAGACAUUAACAUUCCCACCUGAAGUCCCUAUAUCCGAAAAAGCGAAGGAUCUUAUUUUACGUUUCUGCUGUGAAUGGGAGCAAAGAAUUGGUGCCCCAGGUGUAGAAGAGAUAAAGGCCAACCCUUUCUUUGAAGCUGUUGAUUGGGAACAUAUAAGGGAAAGACCAGCUGCAAUUCCUAUUGAAAUAAAAAGCAUUGACGACACUUCGAACUUUGAUGAAUUUCCAGAAUCUGAUAUUCUUAAACCCAUGGGUGUUGCAAGCAGCCAUCCUGAUACAGAUUUCAAAAACAAGGAUUGGGUCUUUAUUAACUACACAUAUAAACGUUUUGAAGGACUUACAGCUAGAGGAGCUCUUCCAACUUUUAUUAAACCGAGGAAAUGAAGCGUUUUCAAAGUGGGACUUUUUUUUGUUAUUAUUCUUUCAUUGCCCUGAACUUUUGGAGCAUGUGGGUGCUUUUAUACUAAGAAGGACACCAACAAGACACUCAAUCUAUCCCGAAUUUCUUAUUUUUAUAUUGUACGUUUCUGGGAAAACUGUCAUUUUCAUGGAACAAGGGAUUCAUCUUGCAAAAACAGACACGUGUCCCUUGAUAACACCUUUUUUCUUUUGACUGUUGAUCAUGCAAAAUGCACAAGUUUUUAGAUCAGUCUUGCAUCUGCUAGAGCUUUUUAUAGUAUUUGAGAAACUUUUCAGUUAUAUCUCCAAUUGCUUCCAUAGAUGAAUGUGAAAUAAUUUCACCAGGAUGGGAGAUUUCUCACGGAUCCUCUGCAAAAGGGUGUUUUGUGUGUGGGGGAAAAUGAGUGCUUUUUGAUUCUACUAUGAACAUUUAGCAUUACGAUACUAUUUAAUGCAUUAAAGAGUAGUAUGCCCUGA